ACUCUCCAACUUCCGUCUUUUCUUUACACCAACUCUGAUUGACGGCCACGAUGAAGAUUUCGGCAUCUUUGGCCAGUGUGCUGGCGACGGCCACCGCGGUUGUUGCCUCGGCCAGUGCUAGCAACUCCUUGCGCAUUCAGACCUCCAGCGGUGUCAUCCAGGGUGGUGUGAACGGCACCUACCCGGCUGUCCGUCAGUUCUUGGGCAUCCCCUUCGCCCAAGCCCCCGUGGGCAAUCGCCGGUGGCUACCCCCUCAGGAACUGAACAAGAGCGACAGCAUCAUCGACGCCACCACCAUGCCUCCUGCCUGCCCCCAAGGCUCCACCGCUAUGAGUCCAUUCGGCCGAUUCGCCCCGGAGACGCUGAUUGCAGGGGGGACUAGCGAGGACUGUCUGACCCUCAGCGUCUGGGCUCCGAACAAUGCCAAGUCAGACCUCCCUGUCAUUGUCUGGAUUUACGGCGGUGAAUUCACCUCGGGUGGCACUGACACCCCGGCUUGGAUUCCCUCUCAGUGGAUUCAGCGUACCCAGGAACACAUCGUCGUCAGCAUCCAGUACCGGCUGAACAUAUUCGGCUUCCCCGGGGCACGCGGGCUGGCGGAGCAGAACCUCGGCAUUCUGGACCAACGUGCUGCGAUCGAAUGGUUGCAAAAGAACAUCGCUCAGUUUGGGGGCAACCCGGACCAGAUGAUCCUCUGGGGUCAAAGUGCCGGUGCCGGCAGCGUGGACAUCCAGAACUUUGCCUACCCCGAUGACCCCAUCGUGCAGGGUUUCGCCUGCGACUCCGGGUCCGUCUUCCUCACCGUGGACACGCGCUCGACCGAUACGGCGGGCACCAAUUUCAGCACAGUGGCUUCCCACUUUGGCUGCUCGGGCUCCGCCGCGGACGAACUCUCCUGCCUGCGUCAAGUCCCCGCAGCGAACAUCACUUCCUACCUCGGUGCUGGAGGCGCCAGACUGACCUUCCUGCCCUUCAUCGACAACAAGGUCGUCUUCAACAACUACACGGCCCGGUACAUCGGUGGUCAUCUGAGCAACAAGCCCGCCCUCUUCGGAUCGAACCUGAAUGAAGGCACCAUCCUGGCUGGUGGCUCCGACAACGCCAUGGCGGAGGCCAUCACCCUAUCCGGCUUCCAAUGUCCCGUCCCGUACUCCACCGCUUAUCGCCAGGCCCUCGACCUCACCACGUACCGCUACCAGUACCGGGGCAACUUUUCCAAUGUGUCCCCCUCCCCCAGCUUGGGCGCCUAUCACACCGCCGAGCUGCCACUGAUCUUCGGUACUUCGGGCGACUUUUAUGGGGCUAACACGCCGUUCGAGGCGAAGGUGAGCGAGAAGAUGCAGGACCUGUGGUUGGCCUUUGCCAAGGAUCCUGCGAAUGGUCUGGCGCAGCAGGGCUGGCCCAAGUCAACGAGCAACGAAUUCCUGAUGCUAGCUGGGGAGGACGCCUCGAACAAGACGGUUGUGUCGGCGCUUUUGGCGGAUAGCGCCAUCGACGACGCGUGCACGAGCUACUACUCCAGCUACCUUGUCUGAGCGUAUGGCUUCGUUAGUGGUGCUUUCACGAAGUAGACGGGAACCUGUCUGGACGUAUAUCUUUGAGGACACGAGAUUUGCCAGCUUUUAGCUUGCUAAUGUGCAGUAAUCAGUAGUUAGCGUUAAUCGGGUCUCGAGUCUGUUG